UACUGUAAGUUAUGUGACUCCAACUUCUCUGUAGGUCAUGGUGGACGAAUCGACGUCAAGCAACAUUCUCUAACUGACCGUCACUCGGGACGUGCAAAAACUACACAGACAAAUCGAUCUAUUACCGAUAUGUUAAUCGGUAAAAAUUCUGAUAUAAUCAAAUCUGAAGUGAUGUUCACUACAAUGUUGGCAGAACACAACAUUGCAUUUCUAUUUGCUGAUCACUUUACUCCUUGGGUCCAAACAGUGUUUACCGACUCUACUAUUGCUCAGAAGUUCAGCUGCAAACGUACUAAGACUACCAGUAUCUUCAACAAUGCUAUCGCACCAGAUUUAGACAAGGAUGUGACUACUUUGUGCCAACAGCAGAAAUUUUGUUGAUGGUGGAUGAGAGCAAUGACAAAGGCGAUAACAAGUGUAUGAUUGUGCUCGCCAGAUUAUAUGACGCCAAACAGGGUCAAAUAUGUAAUAAAUUUCUGGGAAUUCCUACACUGCAACUUCAGUAAGGCUGAAGAUUUAUUUAAUACCAUUGAACAAGUUUUCACGGAAAGAAACAUUCCAUGGGCAAACUGUAUUGGUUACAUGAGUGACAAUGCAAAUGUCAUGAUUGGAGCAAAAAACAGUGUGCUUUCCCGAAUGAGACAAAAAAAUCCAAAUAUUUAUGAUCUUGGAUGCAUUUGUCAUCUUGCAAAUCUUUGUGCACAAGCUGGAAUCUAAUCACUGCCAAUUUCAGUCGAGGACAUUCUUACAGAUGUCUAUUUUCAUUUUCACAAUAGGUAAGUUAAAGUAUCACAAUGCUUUUUUAUUUGCUAUGAAAAAACCAUGGUAUGAUUGAAUCAAUUUGAUGGCAGUCAUAAUUGAAAAUCAAAACACUCAAUAUCCCACAUCAUAAGUAAUUAAAAUCAUUCUUAUUUCAGUGCCAAAAGAAAGGAAGAAUUAAAGGAGUUCCAAAACUUUACUGACACAGACCCAAUGAAGAUUGUCAAGCAUUGCGGUACACGAUGGCUUAGUCUGGAAAAAUGUGUUGGGAGACUGUUGCAACAGUGGCCUGCCCUCCAGAGCUACUUCGAAAGUAAUGCAGAGCGUGACUCCCCUGGCAGAGUAAAGACAUGUGCAGAUGCACUGCAGUCACACACAGUGCAUAUUUACUGCCUUUUCCUUGAUUACUUUCUGCCAGUGCUGAAUGAAUUCAACACUCUUUUCCAGACUGAUGUAUCUCUGAUAGGCCACCUCCAUACCCAGAUGCAGAGGCUGAUGAGAAGGCUCCUGGGCAAGUUUGUGCAGGUGAAGGAAAUUACAGCACAUACAGACUUGAGAAAUGUGAAGUUUCUUGAUCAGGAUAAACAGCUAGCGAACAACUUCCUGGCAAUCGGACUUGAUACCAGGACAUUCAUUUCCAAUCACUCUGAUGACCUCCUACCCAAAGAUAUUGAAACAGUAUUCAGCUCUAUCAGGACCUUUUAUGAAAGGGUUACAGAAAAGAUGUUGAAAAAAUUUCCGUUUGAUGACAAAGUUCUCCAGCAGAUGAAGUUUUUGAACCCUACAGAGAGGGAAUCUGUUACACAGAGUGAAGUUGGAGACCUUGCAGAGAGGUUCUUGCCUAAUAUUGCUCGCCAACUCAUUGAGGAUGAGGUGCUGGACUUCAUCCUGUCACCAUCAUCAUCCUUACCUUCACAUGACCCUGAAAAACCUGAAAGUUUCUGGAUAGAAAUUGGCCAACAAAAAGACCUUACUGGAAAGCCUUUCUAUAGAAAUCUUUCUCAACUUGCCCUUGCCUUAUGCAGCAUGGCCCACUCCAAUGCUGCAUCUGAGAGGAGUUUUUCCAUUCUAAGAAAAAUUCAAACUGAUUGGAGAGGAAACUUGUCCAACAAGACUAUACAUUCUUUGAUGUCAGUUAAAUUCAAUAUGCAUUCAGACUGUUUCAAUUACACUCCGACAAAUGCUGUACUGCAAAAUGCUAAGAAAGCAUGUGCUAUGUGACAGUGAAAAUGAUACAAAAGUGAUACAAAAAUGAAGUAAUAAUGUGACUGAACAUGAAAUUAUGUGUUUGUUUUCUAUUUUGUUUGUUAUGUUACAAAAAUGUGCCGAUAUUUUUGCCGCGCGUAUACCUCCCUUAUUUUUGACAAAAAUCCCUUAAAAUGGUUGUCAAUCUCCCUUAUCACCUCUAGG